AGAAGCCCAAGUUCAACCCACUUUGUGUCUUUUCGAGUCUUGAUUUGUUAAUUAUUUAUUCCUCCUCCUCGGUCUCUUCUUCUCUCUCAAAUCUCCUUCUCCAUCAUCCGAACCAAUCAGCUCUUCUGCAUCCAUCAGGCUGUAGAUAAUGGCAGCAUCAGGGUUCCAAGCAUUCUUGAACAGUCCCGUUGGUCCUAAAACAACUCAUUUCUGGGGUCCUAUCGCUAAUUGGGGUUUUGUUGCUGCUGGUUUGGUGGAUAUGCAAAAGCCUCCUGAGAUGAUCUCCGGAAACAUGAGCUCAGCCAUGUGCAUUUACUCUGCAUUGUUCAUGAGAUUUGCUUGGAUGGUCCAACCACGCAACUAUUUGCUACUUGCCUGCCAUGCUUCCAAUGAGACUGUUCAGCUCUAUCAGCUCUCACGUUGGGCUAGAGCUCAGGGGUAUCUGUCCUCAACGAAAGAAGAGGAGAAACCAGCUCAGUAA